UGGAUCAUGAGUUAGCACUAGACCAGAGGAUUAGCAGGAUUUAUUUAUUGCCAGAGCCAAGCACACACUGCUUAACAGUGUGACAUAGCAACUGCUGCUAGUUUGUACACACAGUGUCACCCUUCAGCAGGAAGCCUGGGUCUCUCUGACUCAAUACAUUUAUUUUCUUAUUCAUAAAAUCUUUGUACUUAUUUUACAUUAUGUUCAAGUGCUGGAGCGUAAGGAUUUAGGAUUAUCUUCAAAGCAAACUGUUACAUAAGGAGCAGAAAUGAACCACAGGUGUAUUUGUUUUGUCUGACUCAAUCGAACCCCUGCAUAGGAAACAUGGUCUUCUUUUUACUAUUCUGGUCAAUAAUAGAAAGGACGUUCAGGGGGAUAAUCGGCCUCUGGAGAUUUGUUUGGAAAUGUGCAUCUUGGUAUAUCAACACUGUGAUGGACAUUUUACAAUACUUAUAUAAGCUGAACCCAGUACCUGCAUUAACAGCUCUUGCUUUAAGUAAAUCAGAAGACCAGAGCAGUGCAAUAGAGACAGUUACUGAUUCACAGCCUCUGCUUGGAAAGUCAGCUUUUAAAGAGACAGAGAGUCUGAAGGAAGAGGAACCAAACUCGCACGACUGCGGUAAUCUAGUCCGCAAGAGACUAUUCAAAGCAGAGAGUGAAAUUCAGCUUCUGAAAUCUCAAAUCACCAAAGAAAAGGUGUUAUGGGAAGGCAGGUUUCAGGAGCUGCGGAGAAAACAGCGAGAGCUGAAAGAACAGCUCAGAUCAGAAGUGCAGAUGAGAACGGGCAAUCUUUCUAAGGAGGAAAUCAAUGACAUUGGCUUUGACAGGUUUGCUGUGAAUACUGCAGAUAAAGAUGAAGUGGAUAUGGCAACAGACGAAGGUAGUUCUUCAAAUGGGAUGACAGUUCCAUGUAAAAAUGUAGACCUGGAAGUGAUGUCAUUGAAAAGUAAGCUUUGCAGGAAUCGGAACAUUUCCAUUGGCUCCCAGUCACAGAGAGACCUGCCUGAGAGCCAGCACUCGUUAUCCCUGCCUCUGAAGAGUGCCAGCUCCAGACCCUCUUCCUCUAUGUCAAUGACAUCCAGUUUAGGGUCGCCCAGAAGCAGCAGCAAACCUAACAGGGUGUUUGUUCCACACUCCCACUUGGACCUGCGGAUCGGGCACAGAGUGAGGGUCCUGCUGCCUUCGGGCAGGAUCAACACCGGGAUAGUGCGCUUCCUGGGAUACCUCAAUGGCAUGCAGGACUUCUGCCUGGGGGUAGAGCUGGAGACUCCAGAGUAUGGACAACACGAUGCAAGCCUGGCCAUGGAGUCUUUGUCAGCUUCAACAAACUUUUAAUGGCUUGGGAGUAAAGCUAUGUAAGCCUAUCCAAUAUACUGUCAGACUGGAUGCCUUAAGUGAAAAUCAGAAAUGAUUUAGAAGUACAGACUGAAGUACGAUGCUUCAUUACGAUCAGAUUACUACCCGGAUCAUACUGUUUUGUUGGAAUUAUGACAGGAGAUGCAUUCAUCCUAUUGGGGUUCGUAGAAUGAAAACAAGACAAACACACUUCAAGCAGGAUUUCUUCAGAUACAAAGUACAUUGGUAAACAAUUAAUCUGAAAUGAAAAUGGAAGCGUUGGAAGAACAUUUAGACAUGCACUAAUAUGGGACAACUACAGUGUCCCCACAUGAAACUCAGAUCACUGGUUAUGGAGGUCAGCUUCAAAGACAUGGACAGCCCAAGACUGGCCCAGACAGAAGACGUCACCUAACGGAAUGUAAUUAGGGGCGGUACUUCCUGUAUCCAAGACUGUACAAUGACUGGCAUUUACGAGGACCAGUGUAAAAAAUGAUGACACUUCAUGGGCCAUCCUGGAGAACACCGUUCUCUGCAGAAUUCUGCUCUGAACUUCUCUGGUUUUUUGAAGUGAUACUGAAGGAAUGGUCAUGUAUCCCUUCAGUACAAUGUACACCUUGCACGCCUGCAGACACACUGUCUUUCUCUCUCCGUAGCUGCCCUUUGGCAGGGUUAGGGUGUUUUUUAAUUUCUAACAGGGGAACUGCAUCAGAAACAAACUUGCAAAAAAACGCAGACGAGGAAUGUCAAUGAAAACAAUAUCUAAAAUAAAUAAAUAAAAAUAAAACAAAUACUAAAAUACAGCAAUGGACACAAGUUACUGUCAGGUGUUUGGCUAGCAGAUACUUCCGUAUACAAGAAAAUAAAAAUGAAAGAAGUCCUUCAUAAAGACAGAACUCCACUCACAAAAGGAGACAGCUUUGGCAUUGUUAAGUGGUGAGUUUCUGGAAUGGGUUAACGCAGAAUGAUUCGCUCAAUACAACAUUGAGUCAGUUUAAUACUAAUGCUUUAUUAAAGUUAUAGAGAACAGCCAGCAAUGCAAGGAAUAGAAUACAAUUCUUAUUGUAUUCUAUUCAGGGAGCAGUCUUUCUUCAACAGUCCCUCUGAAUCUAACAAGAGGUCUAACACUACUCUUAUUUAGAGCAUUUGUUUUUCAAACUCAAUUCCAGCUGCUACUUCCUUUCCAUAACUUUCCUUUUGACCGCCUAAACCAGUUCUGCUGACUUACAUGUACUAAGGACAUAUAUUUACACUAGUACAAUAGACUAUACAAAUACAUAUACCAAUACAGCAACAGCAAGGUCUAUAAGGUAUUUCUUUACACAGUACAUUUUCACUCUUGCUUACACAGCGUUAGAACAACAUAGAUUUUGUCUCUCAACAGCAUAAUCAGUCUGAGGCAUCUGGCACUAGUCUAUGGAUAGGUAACCAUACUUGCCAACAUUUGAAUAGCUAACUAAAUGUUCACACGUUCCAUUGGCUCCCACAUUAUACUCUGAAUCAUACAAUCAAAUUGCAGCACCAGGGAGGAAACAAUAUGCUUUUCCAAUAUGACUGGAUAUGAAAUGUGUCAAUAAACUGAGAUCGGGUCAUGUUAUUAUUAUUAUUUGUUUAUUUGGCAGACGCCUUUAUCCAAGGCAACUUACAGAGACUAGGGUGUGUGAACUAUGCAUCAGCUGAAGAGUCACUUACAAUUACAUCUCACCCGAAAGACGGAGCACAAGGAGGUUAAGUGACUUGCUCAGGGUCACACAGUGAGUCAGUGGCUGAGGUGGGAUUUGAACCGGGGACCUCCUGGUUACAAGCCCUUUUCUUUAACCACUGGACCACACAGCCUCCACAUGUGCACACAAUCUCACACACAAUCCCUGCAAGGAAGUGCAUUGACAAGGGUCAGCAGCCACUAAAGAAAGAGAAAGAAGAAACACUACGGGCACGAGAGCGAACACCCUAGAGCUGUGAAGAAUUUCCAAAGGACUAAAUAUCGGGAUUUUCUUCCUAAGCAUCGGGACGCGGGACAUUUUGCUUGAAAAUCGGGACUGCCCUGACCAUAUAGGGACUAUUGGCAUGUAUGUAAACCUAUUACAGAAACUACUACAGCCCAGCUGGGAUUAGAUGACAAGGCUUUUCUGAUUGCAUGAAGAUCCUAAAUCCACGAUGCGUGUGUCAGAGUCUUGGUUAUGAAACAGGUACACAAAAUAGGCUUUAACAAAACUAUCCUUAAAAUAGUCCUUAAAGUGUUACAGAGCCCCCCACAUGGCACACAUUUUUUUCAAUUGUUUUGAUAUUUUUAUUCAUACAUCAAAGGUAAAUCAUCUAGGGAAUUCCUUUUGUUUGUUUGUUUUUGUUUUACUUUAUUCUAAACUGGCGAGUUCUCUCGAGUAAAUGUUGAAAAAUAUAUUGCUCAGGUGAUUUAUGACCCCAUGAUGUGUGAGUAAAAAUGUCAACAGGGUUGACAAUAGGGUUAAAAAUAUAAUGCUGUGAUAUGGACCAUGUGAAACAGCAAAGGUAACGUAAUGCGUAUCUUGUAAACUUGCUUUUCUGUAACACUUUCAAGUUGGGUUAUAAUUCACAUGGAUAGGAUGAUCAUUCACAAGGUAUCUUUUGAUUCCCUACUUCCAAGGAAUCUUUGAAACUCGCCACCUACAACAGGGAUCGAUUCCUGAGCAAGCAUAGAGACAAUCCUUUUAAUAAGUGUUUUCCAACAUUACCUCAUCCUAACCCCAGACCUAAGGCAUUUCAAGGAGAAGUGUUAAAGAGCAGCAGAACGGUGUACUUUUUUAUUGCACAAAAUCACUGCACACAGACAUGAACAAGUCCAAACAUAAAAUCCUCUUUUCAUCCUGAGCCUCAUUUGAAUAUACACAGGUGUCGAGAACGUGCUCAGACAAGACCAGGGCUCCCAGACAAACAUAGAAAGGUAGUGUUGUUGUAAAUGGCAGUUUUUGUAAGCUCUUGAGUUAACAUAUAGAAGACUAUCUUUCAUGCUGAAACGUGUGUUGGUUGUGUUCAAGUUGAAGUAUCACGUGGGGAUAAUAUUGAAAGCAGUAGUCUGCAUUGUAUUAUUAUUAUUUUUCAUAAAUUUUUUUUUUAGAAAAUGUACAUAGGCAGCAACUACUCAUUCAAAGAAGAUGUCUGUUUAAGUGUUGAGAGAUCAAGCAUAUUACUCAAAUCUACUGAGAGAAUCUCAUUGUGGCAUCUCCCUUGCAUUUAUUCAAAUCCAGUGAUAGAAUUGAUAUAAUUUAAGUCCACAGAUUUUUUAACCUUGAGGCAUCCUCAUUUGACCUAAAAACACACAAUCAGAUGUUUAAUUAUGUUAUCAAUUUUACCCCGUUUUUUUUCUGCCCAAUUUGCAAUACCCAAUUCGUAUGUCACCUCAACGCUGCUACCAAUUACCAAUCACCAAUCAGGAGAGACCUUCAUUCACGUGUUCCAGCCAAUCAGCUCUUUUUACGUGCCAGGCCUAAUCAAAGCAACUGAACCCAGGCGACCCAGCCCUGAACUUGUUGUGCAUCUGACCAGUAGGGGUCACAGCAGAGCAUUGAGGUGAAGCACAAAGGCCAGUACAAGAUUAGGAACUCUGCACGACUAGGAUUCAAAUCAGCAAGAUCUAAUCGUAUGACCCACCCUGCCCUCCAGGGCAAUAGUGCCUUUACUGGAUGAGUAACAAUCGAAUUGUGCUCUUAUGAUUAAAAUGUAAGUAGAGUAAUGUAAACAGGCAAAUUGAAGAAUGAACUAUAGAAGGCUGUAUAAACACCAAGGAAUUAUAUGUUAGUGUACAACUGACCGUGUUUAUGGGCUUUUCACAACCAGAGGGCUUUCAUAAAGAAACAUUUGAAAAGCCAUUCGAAAAUAAAACACCCCCUGAACCAGAGCCUAUGAUGGGAAGAGAGUUCCAGAGUCAAGGAUUGUAAUGAACUUGCAUCGUAAUAUUGUCACCCUUUAAUUUAUAAACCACACGUUUCACUGUUUAGAUCAUUGAGUGCAAUGCUUACAUCUUUGUCUUUGAUGUUACUAAAAAAAAAAAUCCUGAAAAAUGAUUAGGAACAACUUUCUAUGCAAAUCAAAAACUGCAUCUAAAGUAUUAAACUGCUGAACUGUAUAUCGGUGUAGGAAUUGUUUCCCUUAUUUGCAUAUGACUACAUUACAGAAACAAGGAAGUGAUCAGAAUAAAAACAUACAUCCUUCAAGAUAGAGGGUAGCUGACUGUAAUUAUCAAUGCCGGCUUUUUGCCAGCACUGCAUAGUGUUUCAUUCACCAGUAUCUUUCUUCCUGGUACUAGUCCCUUGUAUUCAAAUUAGUGUGCCUAUCUCUCAUAUUGCAACCAGCUUACCAGUAUUAAAUGCAACAAUUUUGAAUAUUUUGUACUUUUCCGCAGGUUCUGUAACAAUGUAUGAGAAAGAUUUGUAUAGCCAACUAGUCCUCAAGUCUUCAAACAAGAAUACAAAAAAAACAUAUUCAGUAUUUUAUAUUGUGUACUAAAUAUAUAUGUAUAUUGUUUAAUAUUGCAACUUUCGAAAAUAACUAAUAAAUAAUUUGUUUUAUAUUUUCUAAGACUUGAAACCAGCUGAGUACAGUUUAUUCUGUAGGUUUCACAGGUAUAAUUUCCUUGU